CUUGGAUAAGUGAGCUGGGCCAGUUGACGUCAGGGUGAUGAUGGGUGGAGGGGAGGGCCAGGCUGCUGAACUAUAAAGAUAGGUCAAAUCAAAUAUAAUCGACUCGGGACGGAGCAAGCGGGCGAGCUAGACACCGUCCCCAAGCCAUGGUCCCUACCAGCCACGGCUCAGCCUGGGUCCCUCUGCUCCCGACCCGAGUGCCCAAAGCAGGCUUUGGUUUCAUGUCAGCAGCCUUCAUCUGCCUUCCAAAAAUAAGCCCCUGCCGCCAUGCUGAGGGGAGAAAAACAAGAAGGGCGGUAUUUUUAGGGCCAUUAAUUCUGACCACGUGCCUGAGAGGCAAGGUGGAUGGCCCUGGGACAGAGGCUGUUCAUCACUAUGUCCCGGGGAGCAGGACGUCUUCAGGGCACGCUGUGGGCUCUUGUCUUCCUAGGCGUCCUAGUGGGCAUGGUGGUGCCCUCGCCUGCAGGCACCCGCACCAACAGCACGCUGCUGGACUCCAGGGGCUGGGGCACCCUGCUGUCAAGGUCUCGAGCUGGGCUAGCUGGAGAGAUUGCCGGAGUGAAUUGGGAGAGUGGCUACUUGGUGGGGAUCAAGCGGCAGAGGAGGCUCUACUGCAACGUGGGCAUCGGCUUUCACCUCCAGGUGCCCCCCGACGGCCGGAUCAGCGGGACCCACGAGGAGAACCCCUACAGCCUGCUGGAGAUUUCCACAGUGGAGCGGGGUGUGGUGAGUCUCUUUGGAGUGAAGAGUGCCCUCUUCGUUGCCAUGAACAGUAAAGGGAGAUUAUACACAACGCCCAGCUUCCAAGAGGAAUGCAAGUUCAGAGAAACCCUCCUGCCCAACAAUUACAAUGCCUACGAGUCAGACCUGUACCGAGGGACCUACAUCGCACUGAGCAAAUAUGGACGGGUAAAGAGGGGCAGCAAAGUGUCCCCAAUCAUGACUGUCACUCACUUCCUCCCCAGAAUAUAAGGACCCUCAAAGAAGGCUCACAGAUUGAAAGCAACAUCUUUUGUUUUGGAAUUUUGCACAAAUGAACAAUUCCCCUUACCUCCCACCCCCCAUGACUCCUCAGUCAGGCUUUUCCUGUACUUGGGGAGACCUGAGUUGGUUCCCUGGGUGACUGGACCCCAUGGUAUGUAACCCAACCAAGAGAGAGGUUGCGACCAACAUCCUAGAAUGGCAAUGGAUGCAUGCUGUGACCUCAACUGAGGAAAGAAGGUACAUGUGGCAUAUGACCACGUGCACAGGAAAAGGCCAGGGUGGGAGUAUUCGUGUGUGUUGAUGUAUAUCCAUACAUCUUCAUGUAGAUGGUCUGAGAAAAGGCAUUGCAGAGCAUUGGGUUUCUUUCUCCCAGUAUCAUUGCUGCAGGAGUCUGCCUGCAAGAAUGCCACUUGUCAAACCAGCUGGAUUGAUGUGUGUGCCCAUUCUGCCUCUUUCCAAUCAUUCUUCCAUCCAGAGGCCACUUAGUGCAUGCAUGGGUUGCAUGGGUGGUGGGGCACAGCUGUCCUCUAAGGGUAGGGAGGGCAGGGUGGGAGGAAGUAGGGUUUAACUGCAAACCAGAAAGAAGGUGGGCAGGUUCCAAACUUCCUGUCUGUGAGGGCUCUGGGGCUGCCCUGUCUGGGGAGCUGGGGGAGAAGGGAUGAUCCUCUUCUUGGAGAAAAAGGGUAGAGCAGUGUCUCGGGCAGUUGGGGAAGGCCUGCUGGAAGCAGCGGAAGGGACUGGAUGUUCUAUGGAGUGCCAUUCUGCCUGGAGGAUUCAGUGCUGCGUGUGGCUCCAAGAACAAGCUGGGGCCAGGCUGCCUGCCCAUAACUUUUCCUCACUUUGAACUGGGUCUUAUUUUAACCUCAGAUGACAAGGAUCCUAAUAAUGGCAACCUGUUUGGCGAGGGGUGAGGGGAUGCAAAAUAGGGCAUGAAGGAAGUAGAGAGGCUUUGGACUGCAGAUGAUAAUUCCUCUCCAGCUACGUCCAGGAAACUCACCCAAGUCCUCAUCUGAUACUCUCACUUCCUUCUUGGUCAUCAUCAGUUUGCAUACACACUGAUGCCUGGAUGCAGUAGAAUGGGCACCAUGACCUCCAGAGUUUGCCCCCUCCGGCCCCUCUACAGUAAGAGAAGAGUGAUAAUCCUGUGAAAUCAAGCAGCCAAACUGAAACAGCUCCUUGCUGUACAAUGCCUUCUUGCCUCCUGUCCUUUGAGAGUAUUUAAAGCAGAGGUUCCCCAAGUGACUAUAAAUGUUGCCUGCCUGGAGCCUUCAGAUUCCUGAACCAUUGGAAUGUUCCUAAAUCUGAAACCAGAGAGAGCCAUAUCAGAGUGCAAAUAUUUUCGGCAUACAUGAACCAUCAAGUUACAAAAUGACCUGACACCCUGCUGCUUUCAGGGGCCCCUGCAAGACAACCCCUCAUCUGCUGCAAAUACCUUCAUCUUCGACAUACCUCUCUAUUUGCAGAUGCGGCCAUCUAUAGAUAGAUCUGAGCUGAGCGACUGUGAGAUGGACAUGGAGGUUGGAAACCAAGGGAGACAUCAUAUUGACUACUUUCUGCCUGGCACACAUCAGGGAGGGCAUGUGCUGGGUGAGGAGGAAAAGGCCACACCAAGGUGAGCAACCAGAAAGACUGAACAGACAGUAAGAGCUUGAGAGCAAGAGUGGACAUGGCCAAGCCUUGGAAGAAACGGGAAGGAGCUGGGUCUUGGGUCAAAUGGGAGAAAGUUGGUCCAUCUUGAACAUUUAGAAUACUAGAAGUGCAGUUCUGCUUGGAGGCAGAGUACAAAGCUGAUUAUCUUGUCCAGAGUAAUUGACUGGCCUCUUUGACAGGGUACAUCAGACCUGAGGUGCACUCAGGACCUAAGGCACGUAUCAGUUUCUGAUGGGAUGUACUGGCAGUGCAGGAAGGCUGGGUGGAUGGACGGACAAUGAUCUGGUGAGGAGAAAAGUUUUAGGUCCCAAAACGUUAGCUCCUUUCUUCCUAAAUCUCUGAGCCAAUUUGGCACGAGAGGGGACACACUUCUAAAGAGAGGCCUCAGAUUGCUAGACCUUUCCUGCAUCUCUCUAGAGGCUCCUAAAAGGGCCAAAAUACUGACAAGGAGUCCCCCCAAAUGUCCACUCCCAUUUUUCAUGCUAAGAGUGAGAAGGAGAUGCUAUGACAUGCCUAGGACCAGGCUGUCUUGUUAGUCAGUCACUACGUGGAGGCACCAGCACACCAUUUGCUGGACAGGAACUGGUUACUAGCAGCCGGGCAUCUGUUCAAACCGGUACCAGGGCUUAUGUUGCACCAGUUGCUGAACAUUCUGAAUAUAUUCCUGGAUGGGGGAUGCAUCGUUGACUCGUUAAAACUCCUCCUGCUAGAGGAGGUCUCUCCCAAGAGCUUUCUCUUUGACCUGUAAGUGGCUUAGGACAAGUCACUGUCCAUGCACAGAAGUGGGUUAAGGGGCAGGAACAAAGGAAGACCAGCAAGUUCAGUCCCUUCUUGCCUGCUACUGUGUCUGUGCAUAGGCAUGCAGAGUUGUCUCCUGUCUGAUCAUCACAUCUAAGGAUUCUUGGACUCAGCUCUCAGCCCUGUUGGAUCCAAAAGGCAGCAGCAGGGGGACAGAAUGAACCUCACCUUCCUGCUGCCAUGUAUUACAAACAAUUUGGGUCUUUUCUCCCCCAGAUCCUUAGCUGUGACCCUGGUUUACAGAGUUUGGUAGUCACUGGCUUCCCUCUUAUCUUGAACCUUCUCUGGCAGCUCCAUGCAAACUUGGGCCUCCAAGAGCCCAGAUGCUGCCUUAUUCCUUUUUCAAGAACAAAUGAUAAAAAUGAGAGCAACAUAUGUGCACACCCUUGAUGAUGAACUUCUCAGCUGGGGGAAGGUGAGGUCAGAACCAAUAGGGGAGCUCCAGGCCCCUUGUAGAAUCUGCACCUUCCUCAGGGCAAUGGAUGGACCUCAGAGGAAACCAGAAACCAACUGCCUCAUUGAAGCUGUUGAUUAUAUUCACUUCAUCACUCACUGCCUUCUAACAACACUUCCCUUCCCACUUGCCAUGCGUUUUUGAACCUCCUUUGGAAAGAAGCAUAUAAUUUUGUAAUUAAUACCCUACCAUUACCCUUCACAGCCUAAUACCUCUGCUGCCAUGUCCCACAACACGUCCAGCACACACACUCCAAGCCCCUGGUGAGGGCCAUUCUGUGGCUUAGGAAAGAGAAUAUUUUCUCUUAUCAUCUGAUCUAGGCUAUGAACCUCUCUCCUUUCUAGACAUAGGAUUUUCCCAGGCCAAUAACCCAGGCCUGAAAGUCUCUCCUAACCUAAUCCUCUGCUGGGUAGCUUAGAAUUUUUCUCAUGAUGGUGCUGGGCCCCUUUCUUGUCCUAGACCUCAGUGCCUCCAAGUUAUCACUCUGUGCAAUCCUAGGAGAGAAGGACGUAUGAGAGUCUACAAGUUGUAGUUUUCCUUCCUCCCAACUUUGUUUUUUUUUAAAUGUUUUUAUUAUUUAUUUUUGAGAGAGAGACAGAGACAGAGUGCAAAUGGGGGAGGGGCAGAGAGAGAGGGAGACACAGAAUCCGAAGGAGGCUCCAGGCUUCAAGCCAUCAGCACAGAGCCUGAUGUGGAGCUCGAAUCCACGAACUAUGAGACCAUGACCUGAGCUGAAGUCGGACACUUAACCAACUGAGCCACCCAGGUGCCCCAUCCUUCCUCCUAACUUUGUAUAUGCACUACCCGUGCCUGUUUUGUGCCACGGUCACUGGUGCAAACAUAUCUACCAAGGGUGAUUGCUGACCCUAAGACACGGGGAUAUUCUCUCUCCCAUCUAUCCCCUCCUGCUGCUUUUCAUGUGCACAGAAGCUGGAAAGCUCCUACAUCUUUCUGUCCCCAAAGGCUCCAGUUCAGAUGUCGCUGAGGAGGGAUUUUCUGCUGCUUGCCACUUUCAUGUCUAUGAAGUGGGUCCCUCAAAUCUGCACCCCCCCCCCUCCUGGCCAGAAAUGGCCACUCAUUCUGCUACCUCCCAGAAUGUUUGGAACAAGGCCAGAAGAGUAGAUAGAAAUAAUCCACUCUGAGCUUAUAUCUGAGUUGGUGUUUCCUCUUCCCAGAGUGGGAGGAGGGAGUGAUUUUGCCCAAAGGAGAUCCUGAAUCUAGUCUAUUGUGCUGAGAGCCAACACAGAACCACACUUGUAUACCUCAUUGAACUACUGAGAUUCCAGCAUUCAGACAGCUGUGUCCUCAUAUGGUUUCUCCUUUCUAUAAAUCAAUUAAGUACCUCAGUCUGGGUCCCAAUGCAGAGCUGUCCUUAAGUUUGGGUAAAGUGAAUAGAAAACCCUCAGAAUUUGUUCAGUCAUGUGCGUGUAUAAUGUGAUGCUUCUAUUUUUUAAUAUGUAUGUGCUAUGCACAAACCAUAUCAUGUUCCAGCAAAAAGUAAAAGGUCUUUUUAUACGUUCCUCUAAACUGUUUGACUCCACCCCUCCUAUUAAAACUCACAACAAAUCUCCAGGUUGUGGUUGAUUUUCACCUUGAUUCUUUUUCUCUCAAGGAGGAAGGCGAAGGGAAACAGAAAGCAUAGAUUCAUGGUGCUGUCAAUAUUAUUGGUUCAUGGUGCUAUGGAUUAUUAAGGCAGGGAGAAAUCACGUGAGUAACUCAGUCCCACCACCAUAUUUUAAAAAUGUGGAAUUCAGCUCCGAAGGGGAAGGAAGCUAUCAUAGACCAUAGUGAGGCAGCAGCCCUCUUCCUCUUCUGCCUUGGUCAAAGCAAGAUAUCCACAUUUCUGUUACUGUACCAUUUACUCAUUCACUUAUUCACCCAUCAAGAAAAUACCCUAUCUCUGUGCUGCACUGGGUUGAGUUUUGGGAAAUGUGAGUGAAUGAGGUAGACCCAAUUCCCAUCCUCUCACAAACUUGCAUUUAAAAAAAAACACCCAAGAGUAUGUUAAAAUGUAGAUUCCCUGGCCACACUUGCAGAGAUACUGAUCCAGAGGCCUGGGUGGAGCUCAGGAGUCUACCUUUGUAACACACACCCCAGGCAAUUCUGACAUUGAGAAGCCCUAGUCUAGUAGAAUGACUAGAAUUACAGAAUAUUUGAAUUAAGAGAUACUCUAUAAAUUAUGAAAAAUCUUUUCAUAGGUUAAAAGAAGAAGAAGAGGGAGUUUAAGUUUCUCACCCAGGAUCACAUAGCCAGAUGAGAACCUAUGACUCACAAGCUUAUUCUCUCACGUCCCACUUACCCCUUCCCACGCCUCUUCAUCAUCACACCUGUGAUCUCCUGACCAUGCACCUCUCAUGCCAGCCCUACCCAGGUUCCUCUUCUAUUCCUUGUGUAGUCUCUGGAAGAGAAUAAAAUGUGCCUUUGGUUGAGUAAUGUUGGGUUCUGAA